AUGCAACGGCAGCCUGGAAUCGGAAGCCCAGGACGUAGCACGCACAAGCGAGCGAGGAUUCUCGCAAAACCCAGCCGACGCACCAACACUGCCAACCACCUUCCCAAGCUCAUCGUCGUGCUCGACGCAGGUUUGCCGGUGCUUCCCAACGGCAAGGUGAACUACAAGGCCUUGAAGGCGAUGGCCGACAAGGAAGCCUCCCAGGCACAGAAGACUGUCAUGGACUCGCUCGGGCAGAUGAAGUCCAUGUCCCGAGCUGCCAUCCUCGAGAAUGCAGUGAUCCACCGCUGCUACGCUUUCUGGAUGCUGGGCGUCCUCACGGAUCACUACGCCUGGUGUGCCAUGAGCACGGACCCCAAGGACCCCACUGGGAUGCGGUCCCUUCCCUUCUGCACAGCCUUGGCCUCCUGGAACGUCGCCCCGUGGGCGGAGGCUCUCGUGCGCUCCCUUGGCAACGACCAGGACCUCUUUGGCUUCAUCAUGCUGGGCGCCUAUCAGGACUCAAGGCCCCAGAGCAGCGAGGCGCGCAAGCGCGCGCGGCUGGGCUGGUCGGACCUCUUUGUCUUCGCGGUGUACCUGUUCAUGGCCAUGCCGCUUCCGCAGAUCUUUCGCGGCAUCACGGGAGGUUGGGCGUAUCCGGACAG